AUGGGCAGCAAAGGCCACAACUACAGUCAUUCUCCUAGGGACACACGCGCCCCAGAAAAAGGAGAAAGGUUCAAGGGAAAAUCACGCAUAUCGCCGUGCACAGUCUCUCAGCUGUUAUCUGCCUCCGAGACCAAGGAUGUCUUCCUGAUAGGAGAAGCUGAGCUGUUUCGGGUCACGCUAGUGGGUGUAAUCAGACGAGCGGUGCCAUCUGUAACCGACAUCCAGUACACUUUAGAUGACAUGACUGGGCCUCCGUUGAAUGUGAAGCAAUGGAUUGAUCUAGAGGAGACAGGUCUGGAGGAGUUGGUUAUUCCCUGUGGAGCAUAUGUGAAGGUGACCGGAAAUCUCCGCUCAUUUCAGCGCCGUAGGACGCUGUUAGCGCUCUGUGUUCGGCGAAUAGACGACCUAAAUGAAAUUACGUCUCAUAUGCUGGAAGUUGUUCAGGCUCACAUGCUGAUUGGCUGUCCUUCACCUGACACGGUUUUGGAAGUGAUCAGAAGCUGCCCGGAUCAUGAAGGCAUCAGCCUGCAAAUCUUAAUGAACAGACUACGACGCCUCAGUCAACACGACAUCAGCCGUAGCUUGCAGUUUCUCAUAGGCGAGGGUCAUAUUUUCUCAACCAUCGAUGGAAAUCACUUCAAGUCGACGUACGGUUGA